GUUCUCGAAGACGUAAACCUGCCAGCUCCCUCCCCAACCCCUGGAAACGCUCUGGUAGUCUCCGCCGCGGGAGAGGCGGAGAUGGAGAACGCGGUGGUGCUCCGGGAGUGGUUCGACCGCGUCGACGCCGCCGGCACCGGCAACAUCACGGCUCCUCAGCUCCAGAGCGCGCUGGCCGUGGGCAACCUCGACUUCCCCCUCUCCGUCGUGCAGCAGAUGAUCAGGAUGUACGACUUUGAUCGGAACGGCACCAUGAGCUUCGAAGAGUUCUUGGCUCUUAACAAGUUCCUUCAGAAGGUGCAGACUGUUUUCUCCUCCCUAGAAAGGGGCCGUGGAUUUCUCAGCCUUGAGGAUGUGUAUGAGGCGUUAAUCAAACUCGGUUUCUCUUUGGAUUCACCUGCCUUUUACACUGUCUGUGAGAGCUUCGACAAGAGCAAGAAGGGGAUGGUUCGUUUGGAUGAGUUCAUAUCGAUCUUCAUCUUUGUGCAGUCAGCUCGUAACUUGUUCAGCUCAUUUGACACAACCAAGCAAGGGAAAGUGACUUUGGAUUUCAACCAGUUCGUCUACUGCACGGCAAACUGCAGGAUAUAGCUGUAUUACCUGAAACCUGUACAUGGAAGACCAAAAAAGAAAUGCCACCCAUCACCGGAACCACAUGCCGGAGAAUGUUCUGGUGGCACAUACAUUUGGAAGUCCCAAAUUCCAAGUCAUCAUUUGGUUUAUAUUCGUAGUGCUCAUCAGAUAUUGUGUGAUUUUAAUACCAUCCAGGGCUGUACACACACACACACACACACACAACGAAAAUGAGAGCAUGCUUAUGCAUGACUGUAUGCUUUGUGAUUCUGCAUCUAGAAGCCCAGGAAGUGUACCAUGUUUGGAUUAUUAUUCUCCCACUUUUUUGCUCCCCCUAUUCUGCAUGAACUCCAGGGAGAGUUGACAGACCAUUGGUUCCUCCAUGAUGUGAUCACUUACUUGAAACGAUGACUUGAACCAUUAUUAUUUU